AUGGCGGGUCUUAGAGGCACAUCUGGCGCUCUACAGGCUAUACACGAACUUCUCCCAAAGCUUGUGUCCGAAGUCUACGGCGCAGUGGAUACCCCCUUCGUUCAGUUCUCGGAAACAAACUACAGCGCCGAUACACUCCAGGAAAGAUGCGACAUCCAAUCAAUGCUGUCGAACAUGUCAUUGCUGGUCGACGACAUCAACUCAACAGUUAAGGAACUGAGUCGGCUUAGCAAAGUGUUGAACAAGGCUACGACGUCUCACUCUCGAUAUGUGUCUGCGGUGCUCCGACUUCCUGCCGAGAUCCUAGAGGAGAUAUUUGUGCACAGUUCGAAGACCGACGAUGAGUACCCCGACCUUGGCUCGAGAUACCUGCCUCUGGUACCUGGUCCUUUACCACGGGUGGUGGUCAACGAUUCUGGGUACCUGAAGAUCGCCCACAUCUGCCGACGGUGGAGAGAUGUGGCUCUGAACAGCCCGAGGUUGUGGAACAUGAUCCAGACAACGCCCGCGCAGUAUGGUCGCACUCGCGCGACAGCGCUGCCUGUUCCACUGUCACUACUGGCGAGAUCAUCAGAGACCUGCCCUGUCUUCAUUUAUGCGAACCUUUGGGCGAGCACCUUGCUGCUGGAUACCGACAUGGAUCAUUUCCCCCCCAACCCAGCUUGCGACAGUGUGAAGGGCGUCGAUGUCGUGGGGUAUAGGGGCCUGACUGUAGAGGUUCUAUCGCAGUGGUUGACUCAGUUCAAGAAUAUGACGCACCUUUCGCUUAUUAACGUCGAGCUUACGGAUUCCACGAACAUACCGCCCGAUUUUCUCGACCGCACAACGCAUCUCCACGUCCAUCCUCGACGUGCGUCCGCAGCGGUUGCUUUUGUUCAGUGCUGUACAUGGGUCAACGUGACGUCUUUGACGCUCGAUAUGGCGGGGAUGAAGCUCAAUGAUGCAUUUCUUCAAGCGGUCUUUGGCCAUUUCCCGAGCUUGGCCGAGCUGUUCAUCGUCGUGGGCAUGGUGGAAUCAAACCCGGACAAAUGGAGCGCCAUAUCAUCAGACAGGCUGUGUGCAUUCUCGCUGUUCAUACAUUCGCCUCUGUCCUCGGAGGAGCAGAAGCUGGGCCCUCUCUUUAAAGCUUUGACUUUCCCCUCGCUCACCGACCUCGUGCUCACCCGCCCGAGGUCUCCAAUGCUUCGGUUCCUGCGCGAGUUUCUGGCACGCUCGCGGUGUCGUCUUUUUAGCCUUACGUUCACCAACCUUUCCCCUCAAGACAUCAGAGAGAACUUGGUUUGCACAGCUGCGUUGGAGUUGGGAGAGGAGUUACGUAUUCCCAGCGUUGAGUUUUACUGGCAUUUGAAGGAGACGCGGAUCUAUCUGGAAAGCAAGGGGAGGUGGUACGAUCUCGAUGCCUCUGGCGGAUGA